CACACACACACACACACCUCCCCCCUGUCAGUCGCUCUCUCUCUCUCCGUUAAUCCACCUCUCUCUCUCUCUCUCUCUCUCUCUCUCUGCGGUCAACUCAACAUGGCGGAAAUCAAAUCGGGAAUCUUCGCUAAAAACGUCCAGAAACGUCUGAGCCGCGCGCAGGAGAAGGUCCUGCAGAAGCUUGGAAAAGCAGACGAGACCAAAGAUGAGCAGUUUGAACAAGUGGUCGUUAACUUCAGGAGACAGGAGUCUGAAGGCUCUCGGCUGCAGAGGGAGAUGAAAACCUACAUGACUUCUAUUAAAGGGAUGCAGCAGGCGUCAAUCAACCUGACGCAGUCGCUCCACGAAGUCUACGAACCGGACUGGCAUGGAAAAGAUGACGUAAUGACAAUCGGGAAGGAUUGUGAUGCAUUGUGGGAAGACUUCCACAACAAAUUGGUGGACUCAACACUCCUAAAUCUGGACGAGUACCUGCUGCAGUUCCCCGAUCUGAAGACUCGUGUCGCCAAGAGAAGUCGAAAACUCAUCGACUACGACAGCGCUCGCCACCACGUGGAAACUCUGCAGGUGUCUGGGAUGAAGAACGACCGCAAGGUUCUGAAGGCGGAGGAUGAACUGAAAAAGGCUCAGAAAGUGUUUGAUGAGCUGAACGUGGGUCUGCAGGACGAACUGCCAACUCUGUGGGACAGCCGCGUCGGCUUCUACAUCAGCACCUACAAGAGUGUGACGAGUCUAGAGGCAAAGUUUCACCGAGAGAUUUCGUUGGUGUGCAGGCAGCUGUACGAGGUGAUGACCCGACUGGCUGAGCAGCACUCUGACAAAAUGUUCACCAUCCAAGGAGCUCCGAGUGAUUCAGGACCUUUACGACUUGCGAGAACUCCGUCACCACCCGAAGACGAGAGUCCACCUGAGAGUCCAGAAGCCUGCUCCAAUCACCUGCUCCGUCCGGUCUCACCUGGACCGCCACGGCCCAGAUCCCCCAUACAGUUUAAAAAGGGACCACCGGUGCCUCCACCGCCAAAGGCCACGCCCACCAAGGAGGUGGCAGAGGAGCAGAUCAUCGACCUGUUUGGAGGAGAAUUCUUACCAGCACCUUCACCAUCGCAGCCCAAUGAACGUCCCGGAGAAUCUCUUCUUGACCUGGACUUUGAUGCUUUUCAGCCAGAUGACACUGUCUCACCGAUACCACAGACGGCUGUUCCAUGGGACAUGUGGUCGGCAAACUCCCAAACAGCUCAGCCUGCUGCAGAAGGUGGCUUCGUCGCCGACUGGUCCGCAGACUUUGGUUCAAUGUCAACAAAUGGCGAGACCUCGUCGAGUGCCGAGGCCCCUGGGGCCACAGGGCUGGAGGAGGUGCAGGGCGAGACGCAGGGCUGGUCCCAGGGAGGUGGAGACAGAGCCACAUCUCCUCAGGACAGUGAGGCAGCCACAGCAGCUGAACAUGAGGAUGCUUCUGCACCGCCAUGUUUUGCUGAUUUUGAUAAGAUGAUUCCUCCAGAGGCCAAUACACCCCCAGGUGAAGCAGCUGCAUCGGAAAACAUGUCAAUCCCCUCUGUGGUGAUUGAACCCGCAUCCAGUAAUGAAGGUGAUGAUGACCGCGAUGCUGACAUCAUCUCUCCCACGUCCGUCAGUGACAACGGUGUUACGGGUCAGAACCAGACCAUACAACACAUGAGUCCAUCUGGAGGAGUGUCGGGACAACCUGAUGACUUUCUGUACAAGGUGGAGACACUGCAUGACUUUGAGGCUGCAAAUUCAGAUGAGCUUGAACUGAAGAGAGGUGAUGUGGUGUUAGUCGUUCCGACUGCUUCAGCAGAGGAUCAGGAUGCUGGCUGGCUCACAGGGAUCAAGGAAAGUGAUUGGUUAACACUCGGAGCUGGAGCUCACAAAGGACUGUUCCCAGAAAACUUUACCCAGCGUCUGGAAUAAGAAGUUUCUUUAGCUGGUUGAGAAAAUGAGAAGCAAUUUGAAAGACUGGUGUCCAAUCACUGCAGUCCAGUCAGCAUGUAGCUAACCCUUUCCUUGAGAACCCAAUAGUCCCCUGCAGCUGUCUGAUAGAUAAAACUCUAUGUUAUACGGAAAAUAAAAGUCUAAUAAAUAUUAGUUCUAUUCUCCCAACAGAAGUGGAAAUUAAAAAGCAUGAUGUGACAGUGUGGUCUACCUUUUCUGGAACGCAAUUUUUUUUGAAAGAAAACAUGUGUACGAUUUUUGCUGAUGUUUUAUUUUGUACGUGUUUACACCUACAAAACAAAAAGAAAAAAAGAUAAACUGCACCUUCUCUGUGUGUUAUACUGAUUUAGUUGCUCUGCUGUGGAAUAUACCAGAAAAUGUAGUGGUGUGAUCCAUUUUAAUGUUUGGGUGUAAAGUGAAACUCUUGAGUCAUUGUUUUUCAGAUGCAUCAUUGCUGUAAUCUUGAAACAAUGUUAGUGUAUUUCUGUAAUAUGGUUGUGUGUGUGUGUGUUGAUCUUUCUUUAGCAUAUGUUGCAAUUGAUGAUCUUAUAAAUGAUUGUGGCUUUUCUUUUUCAAAUAACAUUUAAAUUAUUAAGUACGGGCAAGCAAAGCAAUGCAGCAUGAUAAUCUCCAAUAUUUUAUCAAAGUAAAUAUUUCGAGAUGUAAUAAAAACAAAGAACCCAUCAAUUAUUAAACAUUGUAUAUCAGUAUAAGUCACAUCUUAUCAAAUUAUAUUUACAAGAAUAUUUGAAAGUGUUAUCAGCUAAUUAUGCAUAAAUGUAUGACUGAAGGGAAGGUAUUUACAAAUCCAAUAUGCAAUCAAUGUUGUCAGUAUAUUUUCAGUUUCCUAACCCUAACAAUUCUGUGGAUGAACAAAUAUGAUGUCACUUCCUUUGAUAUUUAAUGUAACCCUUGAAAGACCUAUGUACAAACCGUAACCAUUCAUGUCAUGAUAAAUAAAUGACAGUCACUAAGGUA